AUGUCAACAAGCGAUCGCCUUCGCACCAUCACGAGCCACGUCACUGAGGGCUCUCCCGCGGCGUGGUUCUCUGCCGAGCCGUGCGCCGUGCCAGUGAAAGACGCAGACAAGCUUGCCAAGGAGCAGCCGCGCGCCUUCCCGACGCAUCGCCAGGACACGCUGCGAUGGAAUGGCUGGGGCUACAAGGAUUCCGGCUUUGAGCUCAACGACAAGGGUGUCGUCUGGUUGACGGGAACACGCUACUCGCUCAGCGGCCAGGAGAUGCCUGGACUGCGCCAGUGGAUGGAAGACAAGUGUGGCGUGAACAUGAACGAUCAGUCCCCGUCGCAGGCGGCCAUGAAGGACAUCCCAAAGCCAAUCCUCAACGAUCGCUUUGUCGCUGCCGUCGAGCCGCGUGUCAAGCUCCUCUCCACCGACGACAACGACCGCAUUGCGCAUGCUCAUG